UAAACUGUGAAGAAAUGGAAAUGAGCCACGGAGUUCGCGUUACAGUACUGAUUUUUCGCACUUCUCUUAAUAGCAGAUACCGUGUAUCACAGGGUGUGCCGAUUAUUUAGUUUGGACACGAUUUAUAAUCAAUGCAUAACGCGCUCAGUUUAUGCUGAAACUGAUUUUGAUUGAGGUUGAUCGUCAUCGUACUGGUAGCGUUUUUCCAGUUUGCUUACUUGUUAGUGGCAAGUUUGGCAUUAGAAUGGUGUGGUAGACACUAGGGUUGAGGGCAGUAAUUCGCGUGUAGUUUACGUAAUGCUACUUUGAUAGGGUUAAAUAAUCAAAAUAUGAAGCUCAUCAUUUUGCCAACUUAGCGUUUAAUUUGAGUAUUGUAAUCAUGUACAAAACAUAGUGCUGGGUUUUUUCAACAUGUUGACAGGCUGUUUCCUAAAAACACACUAUAUAUCUGUAUGUAUGAAUGCGCUGGAUAUUAUGCGCCGCGUAACUUUAACCUGUGUUUGACUUACAGGAAUGUGGUUGUAAUUUGUAAACACCGGCAAUAUUGCCAGUGAGGCUGCAUUUUUUUGUAUUUGGUUUAUUGUUCUGUUAGGUUUGUCUAAAUAUUUUGUGCAUUUACUGUGUCAACACAAAAAUAAUGCGGCAUCGAAUACGGAAAUUACCAUAUUACUGCAUCUUGCUCACGUUUUCGUUAAUGGUUGUUGCAACACUUCUGAUGUUGCGCUCUUUUGAAUUUGAAGUUCUUAUUCUUCUUGAAUUUGAAGUUCUUAUGACUAAGCACUUUACUCAUCGUUUCUGCAGCAGUUGUUUUUAUUUUUCCAAAUUUGGCGAUUUAUUCAGUUAACGUUAGUAAUGCCAGUUGGUUUCACCGGAACAAUGCUGAAUUCCGGAUCUCAAUGCGGUGCAUGCCGUUGGAAGCCGGCUUUUUUGCAGCGAUGCAACAACAUGAUGUGUUUUGUUGCAUUUUACGCAAUGUUAUUGUUAAUUUACGGAAUGGCCAAUGCGUACAGCAGUUCGGUCAUCCAGUCCAUGGAAAGACGAUUUGGUUUUUCCAGUAAACUAAUUGGGUUAAUCCUCUCCGUCAACGAUAUCUCGCAGAUUGUGGUAGCUCUACUAACCGCAUAUUUUGGCGGAAGUGGUCAUCGACCGCGGUUGAUCAUGAUUGGUGGCUUGCUUCUGGGAAUAGCUGUAAUGCUGCAUGCAGCACCGGAAGUGCUGUUUCCCUCCAGAAGGACAAUUGGCCGUUCCAAAACUGCGGAGACUGUGGUGCCAGAAAAGUUAUGCCGGGAUGGAUCUGACAACAUUUAUAACAACAGUUAUUCUGUUUCUAAUAGAUCUGCAGAAUUCGCACAUUCCGACGGCGAAAGCAUUAACCUGGGUGGUCCAGUGGCUGUCUUUAUUGUUGCGCAGUUGAUCCAAGGUGUAGGAUCCACAAUGGUCAUGAUACUGGCUCUUCCCUUCAUCGACGAUAGUGUGGACAAAAAGAAUUCGUCAGUUUAUUUUGCAAUUUCCCUAUCGGCAAGAAUUUUCGGCCCGGUUCUGGGUUUUCUCCUGGGAGCUUUGUGUAAUUCGAUCUAUCUGGACUGGUCAAAUCCCGGUUUCAACCAGACUGACCCGCGGUGGAUUUCAGCGUGGUAUUUGGGCUUUCUUUGGACUGGAGCAUCGAUGUGUUUAGUUGCGGCGCUGAUUGGAUGUUUCCCGGCGUUCGUUCCCGCGAGAUCUGGCAAGGCUCAGACCAAUGGAUUGAAGCAUUCCGGCCCCAAUGAUGCCGGAAAAGCUCCUGUUUCAUCGCAGCCGUUUUGGAAAGACCUCCCUCGCAAUGUCAGAAGACUGGUGUGUAACGGAACUUACAUGCUGCGUGUUGGUACGAAUAUACUGGAUGGAUUUUGCAUAUCCGGAUAUUUUAGUUUUCUACCGAAAUUCUUGGGUCAACAAUUUCACAUCUCUCAGUCGGGGGCUUCAAUCGCUGGAGGAGUUCCGGGCAUACUGGCAACCGGUGUGGGAGUCGUAUUAGGCGGGCUCUUGAUACGCCGAUGCAGUCUGCAGCCACGUCAAGUGGGAGCUUUGUUGGCAACAUCUGCAUUUAUAAUUGGUGGUGCGCUGCUUGUCAUGAUUGCGCUCGGCUGCCCAGACGCAGUCGUUAUGGAUCCCGCUGGACGUUCGAAUGUGGAAUACGAAAACCAGGCAGAGUGUGGUGCAAUGGAGAAUUCGUGUCGUUGCCAGCCGGAUGAUUAUGAUCCGAUAUGCGAUACUGCGCGACAGAUGACAUAUUAUUCACCUUGUCACGCCGGAUGCCAAUCAGUAAUCCACCAUAACAAUACGAAACCACUUUAUCAAAAGUGCAUGUGUGUUGAAAACUCUAAACAAUUCGCAACAAAUUCCACGACGCCUCCGUUAUUGACCAAAGGUCACUGUUAUGUAUCUUGUCAGAAUUUGUAUUACUUCGUCACGAUCUUGGCCAUCGCGAAAUUCAUUGCGGGGCUGCCUGUGUCAGGAGGGAUAAUGAUACAGUUUCGAGUGGUGGAUCCCGAUCUGAAAACGUUAUCUCAUGGUCUAAGCGCAUUACUGACGGCUGCAUUUGGCUCUUUACCGGCGCCGGUGUUGGUUGGCACCGUAAUUGAUUCGACGUGCCUGCUAUGGCAGUUGGAUGUCAAUGGAAAUCGCGGAUCGUGUCGACUAUAUAAUAUCGACGGGCUGCGUUGGAAAUUCCAUUUAUUCAUAGGGUUGAUGAAAAUUGCUGCAGCAUUUUUGGAAUUAAUGGUCACAUGGCGAGUGUGGAACUUGACCUUUGAACGAAAAAAAGAAAAUCCACCGGAAGUGUCUUCUGCUACAACAGCCUCUUCUGUCAGUGUACCAAGCACAGUACAAAAUCUUCAGAUCGAUAACGGCAGGGAAGCAGUCGGUACUGCACAGAAUUCAAGAAGGGUGUGUCCCUAAACUGGUCAGACACGUGUAAAAUAGCUGCUGUUAAUGGUUAAAAUUAUCAUAUUUGGCAUAAAAAGCGAUAUAACGCGUCCGGUGACUUCGGUGAUUUUUAAAUUUUACGGUUACGUCCUGCCUGCUUCAACCUGUUCAUAAAUUUCUGUGCGUCAACAUGAUUGAUUUCGCUUUAAUUUGUUCUUAAGGAUACUUUGCGCAGUAUUAUGGAAAUUCAUUUCACACUAGUGCUGCAAUUUGAGCCUCUAAUUUAUACGAUACUGCCAGGAAAACCAAACUUUGACGGCUGUAAAUUGUCGCUGUUUGUUCAUAUCCGUAGACUGUCGGUAUUUUUGAUCGUGUUUUCGUUCGUCCCCGGUAAACAGUGGUGUUUUCGACUGCAUAUUUAAUACAGUGGUACUAUUUAGUAUUUUAGCACAUCCACUUGAUAAUUCUCCGCAUGCCCGAUAAAUGGAAGAAGCUGUUUUUAACAGAACUGGAGCGGUUUAUUAACUUUGUAGCUACGUACGAUGUUCACCAGGUUAAAUUUGAACUGUGUUGUGAACAGAUUACUGGAUUUUCCCCGUGUUCUUGUACGAGUAUGUUCGGUCAAGAUUAAAUGCCGCGUUUUUAUAUUUGCUCGCUUCUUUUCGUUGGUAAAUACUUUUCUUCUCACAUUAAUCACUUUAAAUUAUUUGCCCCAUGUCACGUUUACUGUUUACUUGGAAUGCGUGUAAAAGUACGAAGAUAUGAAUGUAGUGUAACAAUGUUUUGGAUGUGUUUAGUUUUGCAACAAGACUUAUACAUACAGUAUGAAUGAAUAUUGAUAUUGGAGACAUCAAACGUGC